AUGCAAUUGGCUGCUCAACUUUGGAUCAAGGUCCCAGUGGUUGCUGCAACCGAUUGCCGAAACGGAGCUAGGAGGCCUCAGACCAACGCACUCACUUGGCCGCAUGCCGACAAAGCGCACACAGAUUCGGCCGGGCAGACGUCGGGUGUGAGCACACUACCUGACUGGCACCCGUGUGUCGGCUUGCACAUGUGUGUGUGUUUUUUCCCACCUGCAACUUACCCCCUACCCCGACCCCCUGGUCAUCUCUUCCUCGACGUACUUGUUGAAACGAUUGAAAAACCUGUACCAACGUGCUUGUGGUCGGCCGGUCAAAGGCGAAAAGACCUCCGCCUCCCCUUGAUCUAUGACUUACCGUGCGAGAUCAAUUGUCUUCCUGCCUCGUGUUGGGCGGAUACGGAAGCCGGCGCGCUGCCCGGGCCGAUGGCCAGCGAAAGGGUUGUCGAUCUGGCCGAGACUGGGAGAACUGGACAGACGAGUCUUGGCACGGCUGACUCGUCAAGAUCUGGCUGGCUGAUUCCCUUUUUUUGUCCACAACCCUACGCCUAUUCCUCCACGCAAUAUCUUCCCCGUGGAAUCCCCUUUGUCCCGCCUCUCUGA